CCGGCCCCCUCGUCGUCCCCGCGGCCGUCCUGCGUACGAGGUGACGCAGCGCCGCCCGCCCCGCGCGCCCCGCCCGCCCCCGCGCCGCCGCCGCCACCGCCACCGCCGCCGCCGCCACCCGGUCGGGCUCCAGGGGCCGCUAACGGUCCCGCGCCCCUCGGCGUCCGCGCCCCCGCCCCGCGCCGCGCCCGGCCGAGCAGGCGGCGCCGGCGGGCGACGGGCGCGAUGGGGGCGGCGGAGCCGCUGCGCUCGGUGCUGUGGGUGAAGCGGCAGCGCUGCGCCGUGAGCCUGGACCCCGCGCGGGCGCUGCUGCGCUGGUGGCGGAGCCCGGGGCCCGGAGCCGGCACCCCCGGCGCGGAUGCCUGCUCUGUGCCCGUCUCUGAGAUCAUCACCGUCGAAGAAACGGACAUCCACGGCAGACACUACGGCCGCAGAAAAUGGCGGAAGAUGGAGAAGCCCUUCGCUUUCACAGUGCACUGCGUGAAGAGGGCCCGACGUCACCGCUGGAGGUGGGCGCAGGUGACCUUCUGCUGUGCUGAGGAGCCGCUGUGUCACCUGUGGCUGCAGACGCUGCGGGAGCUGCUGGAGAAGCUGACAUCCAGACCAAAGCAUUUACUGGUGUUUAUUAAUCCGUUUGGAGGGAAAGGACAAGGCAAGCGGAUAUAUGAAAGGAAAGUGGCCCCACUGUUUACCUUGGCGUCCAUCACCACCGAAAUAAUUGUCACCGAACGUGCUAAUCAGGCCAAGGAGAGCUUAUACGAGAUCAACAUAGAUAAAUACGACGGGAUUGUCUGCGUUGGUGGAGACGGCAUGUUCAGCGAGGUCUUGCACGGCCUGAUUGGCAGGACGCAGAGGAACGCCGGCGUGGACCAGAACCAGCCCCGGGCAGCCCUGGUGCCCAGCCCACUCCGGAUCGGCAUCAUCCCCGCGGGGUCCACGGAUUGUGUGUGUUUUUCCACGGUCGGCACGAAUGACGCGGAGACAUCAGCUUUGCACAUCAUCGUGGGGGACUCACUGCCCAUGGACGUGUCCUCGGUUCACCACAACAGCACGCUGCUGUGCUACUCCGUGUCCCUGCUGGGCUAUGGCUUCUACGGGGACGUCAUCAAGGACAGUGAGAAGAAGCGGUGGAUGGGGCUCAUCAGAUACGACUUCUCAGGUUUGAAGACCUUCCUGUCACAUCACUGCUACGAAGGGACAGUGUCUUUCCUGCCAGCGCGGCACACAGUGGGGUCUCCCAGGGACAGGAAACCCUGCCGUGCCGGAUGCUUCGUGUGCAGGCAGAGCAAACAGCAGCUGGAGGAGGAGCAGAAGAGGUCGUUGUACGGUCUGGAGAACACCGAGGAGGUGGAAGAGUGGAAGGUCGUCUGCGGGAAGUUCCUGGCCAUCAACGCCACCAACAUGUCCUGUGCUUGUCCCCGGAGUCCCCAGGGCCUGUCCCCGGCCGCCCACCUGGGGGACGGGUCUUCCGACCUCAUCCUCAUCCGGAAGUGCUCCCGGUUCAACUUCCUGAGGUUUCUCGUCAGGCACACGAACCAGUACGACCAGUUUGACUUCGCUUUUGUCGAAGUUUAUCGCGUCAGGAAAUUCCAGUUUGUAUCGAAGCACGUGGAGGACGAGGACAGCGACCUCAAGGAGAGGGGGAAGACGCGCUUCGGGCAGAUCUGCAGCGACCACCCCCCGUGCUGCUGCUCUGUGUCCAACAGCUCGUGGAACUGUGACGGGGAGGUCCUGAGCAGCUCCGCCAUCGAGGUCCGGGUCCACUGCCAGCUGGUUCGUCUCUUUGCACGAGGAAUCGAGGAGAAUCCUAAGGAAGAGUCACAGAGCUGAGACGCUGUCACGCAUCACCUGCCUUGCCGUGAUUGGGAACCGUGACCGUUAUUUAAGAAAAUUACUGCAGACCGACUACGUUGAUAUACACAUUUAAAUUUAGAAAUUUAUUUUUGAUAGUUAAAUCUUGAUUUUAGAAAAAUACCUUCGUCAACAAUAUUGUGAACAUACCUGGCA